AUGUUUGUCGUAGCCAACUCACUUCGUAGCGCUCUAAGGAAGACCCUAGGUCGCACACUUCCUCGCUUUGCUUCCACAUCUACCUCACCGACUCGCGACUCUAUUAAAAGACCUUUGGACGAUCCGUUCGUCCGUGUACAGAUCAACGACAAAGAUGAUGGGGAAGAAUUUGUGUGCGAUGAAGAGCCACUUCAUUUUGGAGAGGGCAAGCUUGAAAUCAUAAGAAAACUUGGAUGGGUCGGUAAUUCCAACGUGUGGCUUGCGCGGUCCCUGGGGUUCUUACAGUUAACGCCACCGCAGGUGUGGUGCAAGGACUUCUACUGUGAGGUAGACUCUCUUAGGACCAUCAAAACAGCUAAUCCUGAUCAUCCCGGCCACCAACACUGCCUUCAUCUCUAUGACGUAAUCGCCGAAAAGAGCUGCCAUGGUCCUCACAUUUGCAUUGUGACCAACAUUCUGGGGGCAAACAUGAUCGUCAAACAAACACUUCUUGCUCUGGACUACCUUCACCGCGAGUGCAGCUUCGUACAUACAGAUGUAAAACCCGACAACAUUCUCGUCUCCCACUUAUCUCCUGAACCUAUCAUCACAGUAAAGUUGCAGCUGCUCCCUAAUUUCGGUCUUUGGGAAGAUGCGAGCAACCUCAAGGUUUGUCUGAUUGAUUAUGCAACACCUGCCAAAGAGCAUCGAGUAGAACUAGUACAACCUGUUCUCCUCUGGGCGCCAGAAGUUACUCUGGGACAUGGGUGGUCUGCACCCAUCGACGUAUGGUCCAUGGGAUGUUUAGUUUUCGAAUACCUGACUGGUGCAGCUAUGUUUCAACUCUCGGAGUCUUCUUCCAUCAGCGUGGAAAAUCUUUCUCUCCAACGAAUCCUCGAACAUAUUGGUCCUUUUCCACCUAGCUUUUUGGAACGAUGUCAACACUGGAGUGAUUUCUUUGACGAACGAGGAUCACUCCGCAUUCAUAAUUUGAUCCCUCAGGCAAUGGAAAGCUGUCUCCGAGCAUAUAAAGUUAUGGACGAGAAGGACAUAGCUCCUGCCGCUGUUUUUAUUCGGAGGUGUUUAACUAUUGAUCCCCACGCACGACCUACAGCCUUGGAACUACUAGAUGACGAGUGGCUCAAAAACUGUGAGACAGCGGCAUGGAUUUCUGGUGCAAGUGCUUUGUUAGGUUGCUCAUCUGGUAUGUCUAAUAGGAAGUCGGAGACGCAGAAGAAUGCCAUAGGAGAAACUGACGACACUUAA